AUGGCGAAUGACGUCACCACAACAAGUGAUGCUAAUGGCUCCACCACGGAGCGGCAUGCUGGCCCGCCGUUACUGCUAGCGUCUACUAUCGCCGCGCUAGGAGGCCUCGGUCUGCCGCCCGACUUGGGUGGACUCCUUACCCGCCUCGCGGAGACAGACUGCGGUGCUGCCGGCGGGGAUGCUGAUUCCGCGGAAUGGGCGGAGCGGAAGGCUCUGGGGGAGGAGAUUGGAAGUCGGUGCGGGGAUGGGGCGGAGCAGCUGCUCGCGCAGCAGGUGAUCGGAGGCCACCGGAAAGGGCAGGCGCGCGGGGAAGAGGGGUUGGCGGAGCGGAAAACGCCCAUUUUCCGCGUGGCCCCUCUGACGGGGCUAGUGCCUGCACACUUGCGCGAGCACCGGGGAUGGCGGAGGCGUGGGGGAAGAGCGAAGGGGGAGGGGCGGUGGGCGGCGGAGAGGGCGAGUGAGGAGGAGAGCGUGGUGGCGGUGGGGGAGGCGGGGCUGAGGCGACUGGGGAUGUGCGCUGGGGACAUGGUGAGGGGGAUGGGGGACGUGGUGGCGGUGGCGCUGCUGCCGUCCGCGCCAGGCGCACUGGCCGCCCAAGUCAUGCCCGCGCGCCUGCUGCUGUGGCGAGAAGGGGCGCGGACGGGCAGUGCCGGCAGGCGAGGCAGCAGCCGCAGGAGUAGGAGUGGGGCUGGCGGGGGCACGGCGUGGGUGUCGCCGCUGCUGGGGUUCAACCUGGGCCUGCCGGGGGGAGUCAUGGGCGGGUGGGAGCGCAGUGAGGGGGCGGAGGGGAACGAUGAGCAGGGCGAGUCUGCGGACGAGGAGGGGAGUGAAAAAGAGGAGGAGGAGGAGGAGGAAGAGGAGGGGGAGGAGGAGGAGGAGGAGGAGAGGCAGGGAACGUUUAGGGCAGGGCGGGCAGCAUGGGCGGGCAUCCGCGUGCUCAUUCUGCCCCUCCCGGCCCUGCCCUUGCUCGAGGCCUCCCCCAUGCAGCCCCCCCUGGCAGCGGAUGCGGAUGGGCGCACGGCGGGAGGGCAGAUGGCCGUGCGCGUGGGCGUGGCCAGUGUGGUGCGCCUUGCCCCCGUGCGCUGCCCCUCCGCCCUCCCCCCCUGGCACGCUGUAGGGGGAAGGGGAGGAAGGGGGGAGGGAGGGCGGGGGGGAGAGAAGGGAGAUGGCAGUGGGGCGGUGGGAGGGGGGAUGGGGAGGAGAGGGAGGGGGAAGGAGGGGCAUGCAUGGGCCAAUAGGCAUGUGCCACGUCAUGAGGAGAGAGAGGGGAGGCAGGAUGGGGAGGAGCAACGCGAGCAUGCGGGCAUGGGUGGGGAGGAAGGGUCAGAGGAGGAAGGGGAGGGGGACGAGGAGGAGGAGGAGGAGGAGAGGGCGUGGGAGAGGGAGGCGAGGCAGAGGGAGGUGGACGAGGGGGUGCGGCGGGCUGUGGUGCGGCAGCGGUUCGUUGCGGUGGGCGCGUGCUUCCUCACGGUGCUGGGCGGUCGAGAGAGCGUGGCUCGCAUGGUACGGUCUGUUAUGGUGGGUCGAGGGGCAAGGAGAGGAAGGGGGGGCGGACGGGAGGAGGAGGAAUGGGGAACAGAAGAGCAGGAGGAGGAGGAGGAGGAGGAGGAGGAGGAGGAGGAGGAGGAGGAGGAGGAGGAGGAGGAGAAGGAGGAGGAGGAGGGGGAGGAGGAGGAGGAGGGGGAGGAGGGGGAGGAGGAGGAGGAGGAGGAGGGGGAGGAGAGGGAGGCACGGGUGGUGUAUCUGAGGGUGAUAGCAGUGCAUCCCCCCGGCAGCACCAUCUACGCCAUCCACCCCCACUCCACCCACCUCCUCCUCUCCGCCUCCCUGCCCUCGCCCCUGCCACCUGUCGCGCUGCGAUUCGCCGGGGAUCUAGCAGGGUAUCCCCCGCUGCCCGAGGCUGGGCGGCUGGUUCGGGUGCUGGCUCCGGCGCUGCUGCCCGUGGGGUGGGGGAGGGAGGGCGGGGAGGGCGGCGGAGGGAGCAGUGUGGUGGGGGGCAUGGCGCCAUCCGCGUUCAGCUGCGCACUGCUGCUCGUUGGGCCCUCUGGAGUCGGGCGGCGAACAGCAGUGCGGGCGGCGUGCCAGCGCAUGGGCGUGCACUGCGUGGAGUACAGCAGUGCCGACCUCGCUGCCUCCUCCAAUGAAAGCGCGACAGCUGGCGCUCUGCAAGCCGCCUUUGAAACAGCGAGCCGCUACUCGCCAGCAGUGCUGCUGCUGCGCCGCUUCUCCGCCCUCCUCACGCCCUCAGACGCCCCCGACGCCUCUUCCUCCGCCGCGCUGUCUCUGCUCGCCCACACGCUGCGCAGCUGCAUCCGCUCCUUCUCCUGCCCCCAUGGGCCUUCCAGUGCAGCCCCACCCCCCUUGCACACCGCACCAGCCGCAGCUGUAGCAGGAGGGGGAGGUGGAGGGGGAGGGGGGGCGGCGGUGGUGGUGGUGGCGUGUGUGGAGGAGGGGGAGGCGGAGGGCAUGGGCGUGGCGGUGAGGAGGUGCUUCACUCACGAGCUCGCUGUGGGGCCACCGGAUGAGACGCACCGCCACCACCUGCUGCGCUUCUUCCUCAAGAGCCCUCCGUCCAGCGCUACAGCCGGAGGCGAGGAGGAGGACGUGGCGGCGGCUGUAGCGCGGGAGACGGCGGGGCUGCUGCCGCGCGACCUCAGGGCGCUGGCCGCCGACGCUGCUGCCGCCGCCAUCCGCCGCUCGCUGCCCCCCGGGGGAGCUGCCGUGCAGACGGCUGUGGGCAGUGCAGGCGUGGCAGAGGGUCGGGGUGGGGAGGAUGGCAGUGCGGAGACGAGCAGCGGAUGCGAGGGGGAGGGGAAGGCAGAGGGGGGACUGGGGAAGGCGGAGGUAGAGGGGGUCAGGGAAGUGGAGGGCGGAAGGGGAGCGGAGGGGAUGGCGGGGGGGUUGGCGGUGGGGAGGGCGGACGUGGAGGAGGCGAUGGGGGCGGUGAAGCGGCGCGUGGCGACGGUGAUCGGCACUCCCAAGGUGCCCAACGUGCGGUGGGAUGACAUUGGUGGCCUGGAGGACGUCAAGGCCGCCAUCCUCGACACCAUCCAGGUGAUUCCCCAGGCUCAGCUGCCGCUGCGGCACCGGCAUCUGUUUGCGUCUGGGCUGCGGCAGCGCUCCGGUGUGCUGCUGUACGGCCCGCCGGGCACAGGCAAGACGCUGCUGGCGAAGGCGGUGGCAACGGAGUGCUCGUUGAACUUCCUGAGCGUCAAGGGCCCGGAGCUGAUCAACAUGUACGUGGGCGAGUCGGAGCGCAACGUGCGCGCCAUCUUCGCCAAGGCGCGCGCCGCCCGCCCCUGCGUCGUCUUCUUUGAUGAGCUCGAUGCCCUUGCGCCCGCCAGAGGGGCUGCUGGGGACUCAGGGGGUGUCAUGGACCGCGUUGUCUCCCAGCUGCUGGCUGAGGUGGAUGGCAUAGGGUCCACGUCAGCAUCGGAUCUAUUCCUGGUGGGCGCCAGCAACCGCCCCGACCUCAUCGACCCCGCGCUGCUGCGCCCGGGCCGCUUCGACAAGCUGCUCUAUGUGGGCGCUGGCUCCACCGCUCUGCACCGCUGCAGGGUGCUGCAGGCGCUGACACGGCGCUUCCAGCUGGCAGGGGGGGUGUCGCUGCAGAGCAUCGCCGACCGCUGCCCCGCCACGCUCACGGGUGCCGACCUCUACGCCCUCGCUGCCGACGCGUGGCUCUGCGCUGCCAAGCGCACCGUGGGGCACGCCAACACACCAGGCCGCUCUGCUGCACGCUCCAAGGGGCACGGCGUGGAAGGUGGAAAGGAGGGUGAAGGGGACGAUGCGGUGGUGGUGGAGCAAGCAGACUUCCUCAAGCUGACCCCCUCAUUAUCGGCGUCAGAGCUGCAUCGCUACGAGGCUUUACGAGAGCAGUUCCAGCCAGCAGGGCGAAGCCUGCGCGCGCUGCUGGACGUGCGCGCGGCGCUGAAGGAGGCGAACCCGGCGGCGCUGGAGUCGUGGUCGGAGAGCACGGACCCGUGCGGGGGGUCGUGGGAGGGCUCCUUCCACUGCGACGACAACGGCCACGUCACCUUCCUGUCGCUAGCGCAGAAGCAGCUGCACGGGCCCAUCCCCGGCGUGCAGCUCGCCGCGCUCACGGCUCUCAACUACAUCGACCUGGCGUCGAACUCGUUCACGGGCCCCAUUCCCGAGCAGCUGCUGCGACUCACCUCGCUGCAAAUCCUGUCACUAUCGUUCAACCAGCUAUCGGGCACGCUGCCAGCGGGCUUCAGCCAGCUCCAGGCGCUCAAGCAGCUGCAAGUGGCAGGCAACCAGCUAUCGGGCGAGCUGCCAGCGUCACUCUCCUCGCUCUCCAACCUCACCCUCCUCAACCUGUGCAAGAACCAGUUCACAGGGCCCAUCCCAGGCGACUGGAGCAGGAUGACUCAAAUGGCCACCCUGCGCCUGUCGUCCAACCAGCUGUCAGGGGAGGUGCCCUCGUGGCUCGGCUCCUGGCCCAAGAUCGUUGUGCUGGAGCUGUUUGGCAACAAGCUGGGCGGCUACAUCCCGCAGGACCUCGCCCAGGCCACCACGCUCGCCUCUCUAGCGCUGGACGUGAACGAGCUGCGGGGGUCGCUGCCAGACUCCUUCAGCCGCCUCACCAACCUCAGAGAGCUGUACGUGUCGAGCAACAAGCUGGACGGCAGCAUCCCGGCAUCCUACAGCACUCUCACCCAGCUGCGAUUCAUUGAUGUGAGCUACAACGCUGGGCUGGGCGGCCCCAUCCCCGCCUUCUUUGGUGACUUUGACAACCUGGCGUCCAUUGCGAUGCAGUUCUGCUCCUUCUCAGGCCCGCUACCCCCGUCGCUAGGCAACCUGGUGCACGUGCAGGAGGUGCUACUAGACAACAACCAGCUGAGCGGGCCCAUCCCGGACGAGUGGGGCACGGGGCUGGAGCGAGUGGAGGUGCUGCACCUGAACGACAACCAGCUGAGCGGCACCAUACCGGGCACGUUCUGCCACCUGGAGUACGCCAAGGACGUCAACCUCGCUCUCAACCGCCUGCAGGGGGCCAUCCCCAUCUGCCUCACCUCGCUGCGCCGCAUCUCCUCCCUAGUGCUCUCCUUCAAUCGACUCACGGGCCCCGUGCCGCCUGUGCCAGCUGGCGUGCAGGUCUUCUUCAAGGUGAACGGCAACUGUCUAGACGGAGUGGAGGACCAGCAGUCGCCCUGCCCCGCCCCCGAUGAGCUUCCCCCUCCUGCCCCCACCCCACCCGAGCAGCCACAGCAGGAGGAGGCAGCACCAUCGAGCUCAUCCACAUGGUCAUGGAUGAGGGGAUUCCUCAUAGCGCUACUAUCAGCCACCUUCGUGCUGCUGCUCAUCUUCGCCUUUGUGCUCCUUGCCAACCGCUCCGACUCCCACAACGCCUCCCGCUCCGACAACUUGGCGGUGCAGGAGUACAGUCUGGGCAAGAUCAAGAAGGCCACACGCAGCUUCACCACGGUGUACGGGCGGGGCAGCUUCGGCACCGUGUACCUGGCGGAGGACUUCCUCAGAGACCAGAUCGAGACGCGCGCCAUCAUCAAACGCGCCCACGACCCCGAGAAGCUGGGAGAGUACGUGUUCAAGGCGAAGGCGGACUUCCUGGCGAGGGUGAGGCACCGCAGCCUGGUGGCGCUGCUGGGGUUCUGUGUGGGCAAGGGCGAGCGCAUCCUCGUCUACGAGUACCUCCCCAACGGCUCCCUCUACGACCGCCUCCACCGGCCGGACCUGGAGCCGAUCCCGUGGGACACGCGGGUGCGCAUCGCGGCCAACGUGGCGUCGGCGCUGAGCUACCUGCACCACUGCUGCCACCCGCCCCUCGUGCACCGCGCCGUCACCUCCUCCAACAUCCUCCUCACCUUCGACAUGUCCGGCAAGCUAUCUGACUUUGGUCUGGCCCGAGGCGGCUCCCCCGCCGUGUUUGACGACGGCUCCAAGCGCCGCCGCCCCACCAAGCCCGCGCGCACACGCAGCGGGGGGGUGGCGGAGGGCGAGGGGAGUGAAGGCGGGGAGGGGGGGGAGGAGGGGCAGAGCGCCCUGCAGGGGGGCGAGUUGGAGAAGGUGGAUGUGUAUGGGUUCGGAGUGGUGCUGCUGGAGCUGAUCACGGGGCAGAAGGCCAUGAAGGAGGUCCACAUCACCAGCCUCGCGGCACCGUUCCUGGAGGACGCGCAGAUGAUGCCACUGAUGGUGGACGCGGCACUGGGGGGCUUCUUCGACCAGGCGGAGCUCAUCGCACUCGGCACCAUCGCCCGCGAUUGCGUGAAGGAGGACCCGUCGGCGCGCCCCUCCAUGCGCGACGUGGUGCGCACCAUGCAGGCGCAGCUCGACCUCGAGGCCGACCUCUUUGCCGCACCCGCUGGUGUGGCUAGCACGGAUGACCUGGACCGGGGAGACGGGGGCGAUGGGGUGGCCAACUCGAGUGGAUACGCACCGGUGGGCGGCAAGAGUGCGCUGGCCUCUGCAUGGGUGUCGUUGGAAAAUGUUGCUUCCUCUGUCCGCACGGCCCUGACCAGCCCCCGGUUGGCGCCGCCACAUCCCGCCGGCGAGAGCACAGCUGAUCCCACGGAUGUGGAGAUGUCCUCGCUGUUGCUCAUUGCGCCUCGUGCUGCACGCCGGUAG